AUGGCCUCGGAAGUGGUGUGCGGGCUCAUCUUCAGGCUGCUGCUCCCCAUCUGCCUGACAGUAGCAUGUGCAUUCCGGUAUAAUGGAUUCUCCUUCGUCUACCUCAUCUACCUCUUGCUCAUCCCCCUGUUCUCAGAACCAACAAGAGUGACAAUGCAAGGACACACAGGACGGUUAUUAAAGUCUCUGUGCUUCACCAGUCUUUCCUUCUUGUUACUGCACAUCAUUUUUCACAUCACGUUGGCUAGCCUUGAAGCACAACAUCGUAUUGAACCUGGUUACAAUUGCUCAACGUGGGAAAAGACAUUUCGGCAGAUUGGCUUUGAAAGCUUAAAGGGAGCUGAUGCUGGCAAUGGAAUCAGAGUGUUUGUACCUGAUAUUGGGAUGUUCAUUGCUAGUCUGACCACAUGGCUCAUCUGUAGAAAUACUGUUCAGAACCCAGUGACAGAAGAAGCAGCACAGUAUAACCUGGAGUUUGAAAAUGAAGAAUUGGCUGGAGGAGAAAAAAUAGAUUCAGAAGAGGCGCUGAUCUAUGAAGAGGAAUUAGACGAAGGAGAUGGUGUUGAAGGCGAGAUGGAAGAAAGCACAAAAUUAAAAAUCUUCCGCAGGCUUGCCUUCGUGGCUUCCAAGCUUAAGGAGUUUAUUGGCAACAUGAUAACCACCGCUGGAAAAGUAGUUGUGACAAUUUUACUGGGUUCAUCAGGUAUGAUGCUGCCAUCUUUGACCUCAUCUGUCUACUUUUUUGUAUUUUUGGGUCUAUGCACCUGGUGGUCCUGGUGCCGGACAUUUGAUCCAUUGCUGUUCAGCUGUCUCUGUGUUCUCCUGGCUAUUUUCACUGCGGGACACUUGAUUGGACUUUAUUUAUACCAGUUCCAAUUCUUUCAAGAAGCAGUUCCACCCAGUGACUACUAUGCAAGGUUGUUUGGUAUCCAACCAGUAAUUCAAACAGACUGUUCCAGCACGUGGAAGAUUGUAGCAAACCGAAACCUGACAUGGUACCAGUAUGCCAACCCCAUUCUCUUGCUGGUGAUGUACUACACGCUGGCAACUCUGAUCCGCAUCUGGCUACAAGAACCCCUUGUGCAGGAUGAGAGAACCAAGGAAGAGGAUCGAGUCCUGGCUUGUAGCCCCAUCCAAAUAACAGCUGAGAGGAGGCGGAGCCUGUGGUAUGCAACCCAUUACCCAACUGACGAGAGAAAACUUUUAUCCAUGACCCAAGAUGACUACAAACCAUCUGACGGCCUGCUGGUGACUGUGAAUGGCAAUCCUGUGGAUUACCACACCAUCCACCCAAGUCUUCCCAUCGAGAAUGGCCCUGCCAAAGCUGACCUGUAUACCACCCCACAUUACCGAUGGACGCCUUCAGAUGACUCCACAGAAAACAAAGAGGAAAAAGAGGAUGAGAAAGAAGAAUUAGAAGAAGAAAGGAACCAUGAGGAAAAACCAAGUGUGAAAGUUCACGUCAUGGUCUCUGUGUUCCAAUUUGUUAUGAAACAAAGUUACAUCUGUGCCCUUAUCGCCAUGAUGGCUUGGAGCAUCACCUAUCACAGCUGGUUGACUUUCGUGCUGUUGAUUUGGUCAUGUACUCUUUGGAUGAUUCGCAACAGAAGAAAAUAUGCUAUGAUCAGCUCUCCUUUCAUGGUUGUCUAUGCAAAUCUAUUACUGAUAUUACAGUAUAUAUGGAGCUUUGCACAUCUGGAAAUGAAAAAGAUUCCAGGAUUUUUGGAAAGGAAAGAUCAAGGAGAACUUGCCUCAAAGAUACUUUUCACCAUUACGUUUUGGUUACUGCUGAGGCAGCACCUGACAGAGCAAAAAGCUCUUCGAGAAAAGGAAGCUCUUUUAUCUGAGGUCAAAAUUGAAACUCAGGAAAUUGAAGAAAAAGAUGACGAACAAGACAUACAAGUAGAAGGAGAGGCUGAAGAGAAGGAGGAAGAAGAGGAAGAGAGUGAAGAGAAGCAUGAGAGUUUGAAGGAAGAGGAGGAAGAAGUGGAAGACGAUGAACAGGACAUCAUGAAAGUGCUGGGCAAUUUGGUGGUGGCCAUAUUCAUUAAGUACUGGAUCUAUGUUUGUGGAGGAAUGUUCUUCUUUGUCAGCUUCGAGGGUAAAAUUGUGAUGUACAAAAUCAUCUACAUGGUGCUGUUUCUGUUCUGUGUGGCCUUGUAUCAGGUGCACUAUGAAUGGUGGAGGAAAAUUCUAAAAUAUUUUUGGAUGUCUGUGGUUAUUUACACUAUGUUGGUGCUUAUCUUUAUAUACACAUAUCAAUUUGAAAACUUCCCAGGCCUGUGGCAAAAUAUGACUGGAUUGAAAAAAGAAAAGCUUGAGGAUCUCGGCUUAAAACAGUUCACUGUGGCUGAACUGUUCACUCGCAUAUUCAUCCCAACAUCCUUUCUGCUGGUGUGCAUUUUACACCUUCACUAUUUCCAUGAUCAGUUCCUGGAACUCACAGACCUGAAGUCCAUUCCCAGCAAGGAAGACAGCCCCAUCUACAGCCACGCCAAAGUCAGUGGGCGCGUAUAUCUAAUAAUAAAUAGCAUCAAGAAAAAAUUACCAAUCCACCAAAAUGCAUUGGCCCACCCAGAAGGAAGCCUUCCAGACCUCGCCAUGAUGAAUCUGACCACCAGCCUGGACAAGCCAGAGAUGAAGCAGUUGGCUGAGUUUGGUGAGGAGAAACCAGAGGGAUGCUCUGAGAAAGCAGAGAAGGGUGAGCUUGGAAAAGACAUCGAGGAGGAUGAGGAGGAUGAAGAGGAAGAGGAAGAGACAUCAGAUUUAAGGAACAAAUGGCAUCUGGUGAUUGACCGUCUCACUGUGCUCUUCUUAAAAUUCCUGGAGUAUUUUCACAAGCUGCAGGUGUUCAUGUGGUGGAUUUUGGAGUUGCACAUCAUCAAAAUUGUUUCAUCGUACAUUAUCUGGGUUUCUGUGAAAGAGGUGUCUGUGUUCAACUAUGUAUUUUUGAUUUCUUGGGCUUUUGCUCUACCAUACACCAAGCUACGCCGUCUGGCUUCAAGUGUCUGCACUGUCUGGACAUGUGUGAUCAUCGUCUGCAAAAUGUUGUACCAGCUGCAAACCAUUGAGCCUAAGAAAUUUUCUGUAAACUGUUCCUUGCCAAAUGAAAAUCAAACAGAUAUUCCCUUCCUCCAGUUGAACAAGUCUCUACUCUACAACAGUUCUAUUGACCCAACAGAGUGGGUGGGCCUGAGGAAGUCUUCACCUUUGCUUGUCUACCUGAGGAAUAAUCUGCUGAUGCUGGCCAUUCUAGCCUUUGAGGUUACAGUUUACCGCCAUCAGGAAUACUAUCGGGGGCGAAACAACCUCACAGCUCCUGUAUCUAAAACCAUCUUUCAUGACAUUACAAGACACCAUCUAGAUGAUGGACUUAUAAAUUGUGCCAAAUAUUUCAUAAAUUAUUUCUUCUACAAGUUUGGUCUGGAGACCUGUUUCCUAAUGGCAGUUAAUGUAAUCGGUCAGCGAAUGGAUUUCUAUGCCAUGAUUCAUGCCUGCUGGCUGAUCGCUGUCUUAUAUCGACGCAGAAGAAAAGCCAUCGCAGAGAUCUGGCCCAAGUACUGCUGCUUCCUGGCAUGCAUCAUCACGUUCCAGUAUUUCAUUUGCAUAGGCAUCCCCCCAGCACCCUGCAGAGAUUACCCAUGGAGAUUCAAGGGUGCCAACUUCAAUGACAAUAUCAUAAAGUGGCUGUACUUCCCAGACUUCAUUGUGCGACCUAACUCUGUGUUUCUCAUCUAUGACUUCAUGCUGCUUCUGUGUGCCUCCUUACAACGGCAGAUUUUCGAGGAUGAAAAUAAAGCUGCCGUGCGAAUCAUGGCAGGGGACAAUGUCGAGAUUUGCAUGAACCUUGAUGCAGCCUCCUUCAGCCAACAUAACCCUGUCCCAGAUUUCAUUCACUGCAGAUCAUACUUAGACAUGUCCAAAGUGAUCAUCUUCAGCUACCUCUUCUGGUUUGUCCUCACAAUUAUCUUCAUCACCGGGACAACAAGGAUCAGCAUCUUUUGCAUGGGUUACUUGGUGGCCUGCUUCUAUUUCCUGCUCUUUGGGGGUGAUUUGCUAUUGAAACCGAUAAAGAGCAUACUGCAUUAUUGGGACUGGCUGAUUGCAUACAACGUUUUUGUGAUUACGAUGAAAAACAUACUGUCAAUAGGAGCAUGUGGAUACAUUGAAAAAUUGGUUAAAAAUAGUUGCUGGUUGAUCCAAGCCUUCAGCCUGGCUUGCACAGUCAAAGGCUAUACAAUGCCUAAUGAUGAUUCCUCAUGUAAACUACCCAGUGGUGAAGCAGGAAUUAUUUGGGACAGUAUAUGUUUUGCAUUCCUCUUGCUGCAGAGAAGAGUUUUUAUGAGUUACUAUUUCCUACAUGUUGUGGCGGAUAUAAAAGCUUCACAGAUCCUGGCAUCAAGAGGGGCUGAACUUUUCCAGGCCACAAUUGUAAAGGCUGUAAAAGCAAGAAUUGAGGAAGAGAAAAAGUCAAUGGAUCAGCUGAAAAGGCAGAUGGAUCGCAUUAAGGCCAGGCAACAGAAAUACAAAAAGGGUAAGGAGAGGAUGCUGAGCUUGACCCAGGAGUCAGGGGAAGGCCAAGACAUCCAAAAACUCUCUGAAGAGGAUGAUGAAAGAGAAGCAGACAAACAGAAAGCCAAGGGCAAAAAAAAGCGGUGGUGGCGGCCUUGGGUUGAUCAUGCUUCCAUGGUCAGGAGUGGAGACUAUUAUUUGUUUGAAACGGAUAGUGAAGAGGAGGAAGAGGAAGAAUUAAAAAAGGAAGAUGAAGAACCUCCCAGAAAGUCAGCUUUCCAGAGAGCUAUUGGGAAGUUUGCAUCCGCCCUUUUAGCCUUGCCAAAGUCUGUCAUUAAACUUCCCAAAACUAUUCUUCAGUAUUUAAUCAGAGCUGCAAAGUUUGUUUAUCAAGCCUGGAUUACUGACCCGAAAACAGCACUCCGACAGAGGCGAAAAGAGAAAAAAAUGUCUGCAAGAGAAGAACAGAAAAGGAGAAAAGGAUCUGGGGAGGGUCCUGUGGAGUGGGAAGAUCGAGAAGAUGAACCAGUCAAAAAGAAAUCGGAUGGACCAGAUAAUAUCAUCAAGAGGAUAUUUAAUAUUUUGAAAUUUACCUGGGUCCUCUUUCUGGCAACAGUGGAUAGUUUCACAACUUGGCUUAACUCCAUUUCAAGGGAGCACAUUGAUAUAUCUACAGUUUUGAGAAUUGAAAGAUGCAUGCUGACCAGAGAAAUUAAAAAGGGCAACGUCCCCACCCGGGAAAGCAUCCACAUGUACUAUCAGAACCACAUCAUGAACCUUUCCAGGGAGUCUGGACUGGACGCAAUUGACGAUCAUCCUGGUGCUGCUUCAGGUGCACAGACAGCCCACAGGAUGGAUAGCUUAGAUUCACAUGACAGUAUCUCCAGCGAGCCCACUCAGUGCACCAUGCUGUAUUCGCGCCAGGGGACCACGGAAACCAUAGAGGAGGUGGAGGCCGAGCAGGAGGAGGUAGAGGCCAAGCAGGACAUAGAGGCCAAGCAGGACGAGGAGGUGGGGGUCCAGGACACCGACGAUGAGGGCAGUGAGGCCGAGGCGGACAUGGAGCCAGAUGGGUCCGAGGGGCCUGAGGAGGAGGAGGACCAGGAAGUGGAGGAUGAGGAGGAAGAGGCAGAGGAGGUCGAGGAGACUGAGGAGUCCGAGGAGGCCGGCUUCACCCCAGAGACUGAGCUGCCUCAGUAUUCCACCGAGGAGGGCGAUGUGGAGGCCCCGCCAUCCUACAGCAAGGCUGUCAGCUUUGAGCGCCUAUCCUUCGGCUCACAGGACGACUCUGCGGGUCCGAGCCGCAUGGCAGUCAGCCCCGACGACAGCCGCUCAGACAAGCUGGAGUCCAGCAUCUUACCCCCGCUGACACACGAGCUGACAGCCAGCGAGCUGCUGCUGAACAAGAUGUUCCAUGACGAUGAGCUUGAAGAAUCCGAGAAAUUCUAUGUUGACCAGCCUCGGUUCUUGUUGUUGUUUUAUGCCAUGUACAACACUCUGGUGGCCCGCUCAGAAAUGGUGUGCUAUUUUGUGAUCAUCCUAAACCACAUGGUUUCUGCCUCCAUGAUCACCCUUGUGCUCCCCAUUCUGAUAUUCCUCUGGGCCAUGCUGUCUGUCCCAAGGCCCAGCAGACGGUUCUGGAUGAUGGCCAUUGUCUACACAGAGGUGACAAUUGUGAUCAAGUAUUUUUUCCAAUUUGGGUUUUUUCCCUGGAAUAAGCAUGUGGAAUUGAACAAGGAUAAACCUUACCACCCACCUAAUAUCAUAGGUGUGGAAAAGAAAGAAGGUUAUGUUCUUUAUGAUCUCAUUCAGCUCCUGGCUCUUUUCUUCCAUCGAUCAAUUUUGAAGUGCCAUGGCUUAUGGGAUGAAGAUGAUGUUACCGACAGUGGCACCGACAAGGAAGAAUCAGAUGAUGAGCUGUCCCUCAGUAAUGGCAGAAGGGCCUCCUCUGACUCUCUGAAAUCCAUCAACCUGGCCGCGUCCACAGAGUCAGUGCACGUGUCCUUCCCUGAGCAGCUGACAGCUGUCCGCAGGAAGCGUUCUGGCAGCAACUCCCAGAUAUCCCACCGAUCCAGCUUUUCUUCAUAUAGGUCCCAGAGAGGCAGCACAAGCACCCGAAACAGCAGUCAAAAAGGAAGCAGUGUUUUGAGCAUCAAGCGAAAGAGCAAAAGGGAACUUUAUAUGGAAAAGCUUCAAGAACAUUUAAUCAAAGCAAAAGCAUUUACCAUAAAGAAGACUCUGCAAAUAUAUGUGCCCAUCAGACAGUUCUUCUAUAACCUCAUCCACCCAGACUACAGUGCCGUGACUGACGUGUAUGUGCUUAUGUUCCUUGCUGACACUGUUGAUUUCAUCAUCAUCGUCUUUGGCUUUUGGGCCUUUGGAAAACACUCCGCAGCAGCAGACAUCACCUCUUCGCUGUCCGAGGACCAGGUCCCUGGGCCAUUUCUGGUGAUGGUCCUUAUUCAGUUUGGAACCAUGGUGGUGGAUCGAGCACUGUACCUCAGGAAGACUGUAUUGGGAAAGGUCAUUUUUCAGGUCAUUCUUGUGUUUGGAAUUCAUUUCUGGAUGUUCUUCAUCUUGCCUGGUGUGACUGAGAGGAAAUUCAGCCAAAACCUGGUUGCUCAGCUGUGGUACUUUGUGAAAUGUGUUUACUUUGGGUUGUCUGCCUACCAAAUCCGUUGUGGCUACCCAACAAGAGUCCUUGGAAACUUCCUCACAAAGAGCUACAAUUAUGUCAACCUCUUCUUGUUUCAAGGGUUCCGCCUCGUUCCAUUUUUGACUGAGCUAAGGGCCGUGAUGGACUGGGUAUGGACAGACACUACCUUGAGCCUUUCCAGCUGGAUCUGUGUGGAGGACAUCUAUGCUCACAUAUUCAUCCUGAAGUGUUGGCGGGAGUCAGAAAAAAGAUACCCUCAGCCGCGGGGACAAAAGAAGAAGAAAGUGGUGAAGUAUGGCAUGGGAGGCAUGAUCAUCGUUCUGCUCAUCUGUAUUGUCUGGUUUCCCCUUCUCUUCAUGUCUUUGAUCAAAUCUGUCGCUGGGGUGAUCAACCAGCCCCUGGAUGUCUCGGUCACAAUUACCCUGGGAGGUUACCAGCCUAUUUUCACAAUGAGUGCCCAGCAAAGCCAGCUAAAAGUUAUGGACUCAACAAAGUUUAAUAACUUUUUGAAAGCUUUCUCUAAGGACACUGGUGCUAUGCAAUUUCUGGAAAAUUAUGAAAAAGAAGACAUAACAGUAGCAGAACUGGAAGGAAACUCAAAUUCUUUAUGGACCAUCAGCCCUCCCAGUAAGCAGAAAAUGAUACACGAACUCAUGGACCCCAAUAGUAGCUUCUCUGUUGUUUUUUCAUGGAGUAUUCAGAGAAACAUGAGUCUGGGUGCAAAAGCAGAAAUAGCAACAGAUAAGCUUUCUUUUAAACUUGAUAAUAGUACACGAAAGAAUAUAGCUAAAAUGAUAGCUGGCAAUGACACAGAAAGUUCAACAACACCAGUGACUAUUGAAAAGAUCUACCCAUAUUAUGUGAAAGCACCUAGUGAUUCUAACUCCAAACCUAUAAAGCAACUUUUAUCUGAAAGUAAUUUCAUGAAUAUCACCAUCAUUUUGUCCAGAGAUGAUACAACUAAAUCUAAUAGUGAGUGGUGGGUUCUCAAUCUGACUGGAAAUAGAUUAUAUAAUCAGCAUGCCCAGGCCUUAGAGUUGGUGGUCUUCAAUGACAAAGUCAGCCCUCCCAGUUUGGGCUUCCUGGCUGGCUAUGGCAUCAUGGGAUUAUAUGCUUCAGUUGUCCUUGUGAUUGGGAAGUUUGUCCGUGAGUUCUUCAGUGGGAUUUCUCACUCCAUCAUGUUUGAAGAACUGCCAAAUGUGGAUCGAAUUUUGAAGUUGUGCACAGAUAUAUUUUUAGUUCGAGAGACAGGGGAACUGGAACUAGAGGAAGAUCUUUAUGCCAAAUUAAUAUUCCUGUACCGUUCACCAGAAACCAUGAUCAAGUGGACUAGAGAAAAAACAAAUUGA